AUGAGAGGUCUCCUACGUACGGCUUACGUACGUCGUAUCACCGUACAGUACCUCACCCUCUCACCUACGCACGAUGUCUUUACAGCCUCAACCUUUAGCAAAGACUACACUUACUUCUCUAAAUCACCAACUUACCCCGCCGGUGUCGGUCUAGGUACCCCUAUUCCCACGCAAUCAGCUUCCUCGUCGCAGUUUUCUCACUCUCCCUUCCGUCCUGGCCCGGUUUCCUUGCAUCUUGACGAUGCGCUUGAGUUUGGUAUCUUCACGCAUCUUUCCGAGGGUGGCGGCUCCUUCCAUCCAAGCAAGCAACCCGGAAGGAAGAAGAAGGAUUGGCAGGAUCGCUUCGAGAUUGAGAGUUUGGAGGUUUGGGGCUGUGGUGGGGACGAGGUUGCAGAACAACAAAGGAAAGAGUGGGCGUGGCAAGAGCGCGAGGCGGAGGCUAGACGGAGGAUCAAUCUUGGGACUGGAGACGCAGAAAUGGACCGAGAGUUGUUGAAGAUGGCGGGUAUCAUCUCUGGUGACAGGAGUGGAGGCAGUAUGGGAUAA